CAGUUGAUUCCUAACAGCCUGUUUAAAAUUAAAAAAAUGUAUAAGUGAUUGUAAUCAUGUCAUUCAUGAAGCAAUGUAGGAUUAAUAUGAAAAACUAGCAGUUCAGUGUUUUCCUUUUUUAUUAUAAAAUGUCAAGUAUUAUAUUCUUGGGGCUUCUCUGUCGGUUUCUUGUAUUAUAGAAUUAAUAAAAUAUGUAAUGUUACCAGUUUCACUAUUUAGUACAUCUUGUUACCACUUUCACUAUUUAGUACAUCUUGAACAUCUCUGAGGGUGGUAGAUAUUGCAUCUAUUUCUUAAACAAGUACAUGUGUGAAACUAUAAAAGUUUAUUGGCGUCAUAGAACAGCACUAGUGAAACUGGAGUUCAGGCUCUUUCCCCACAUUUAAACUGGCAGCACAUGUGUGUGGGAAGAAGCUAUUAAUUACUGAUAACCCCUUUAGAAUGUGUUAAUAUUGUUAGGUCCAAAUAUGAGUUAUUCAGUAGGUGCACCAGAUUAAAAAAAACUAGACGAAAUGUAAAUAUUGACUUUCAUGUCCCUUUUAAUUCACUUUAGUGACUUACUGGUCGGUAUUUGUGGGGACACAUCUAAUAACUUUUUUGGGUCGGUUUUUGUCUUCUCCUUAUUUUAACUAUAAAGUGCUAGGAGGGAGCAGGGAAAAGCUGCCUUCAGGUGUACUGAGGUUGAACCGGUUUAACCAUAGUUGCAGCUUGUCUGCUGUCAGCUCCCUCCUUAAAGCCCAGGCUUAUUUCCAUGUUAUAUAAUCCAGACUGGUUUGUCCUGUUUGGUAGGUUUGUUAUAAACUGCAGAGCUAAGUAAACGUGGGAGAACAUUUUAAAUGGCAUUAAAAAUUAACCAGUACUUGAGGAGGGAUGUAGCAGAGGGGCCCAGCUGUCAGGUGGCCCAGGGUCAGCCUCCUGGGGAAAGAGGGGGGCAUUUCUGUUUUCUCUGAGGAACAGGAAGUCGACGUGAAACUAUAGCAACUCCUGGCCAGAGGACCACUCCUCAGUGCAGAUGACAACCAGCCUGCCAUGUCUGAUACCAGAAACAUCUGAUCCUAAAAGCAGAUGUUAACUUUGUCCGUUAAUGAACUGUGUACACAAGCAGAAACGGACAAACCAAACCAGUGGGACCAUUUUCAUCCAUCUGUGCCCAAUACAGAAACAAUGAAGGAGAAGGUGACUCGGCAUGGAAGAGGAGAUGGUUUGUGUUACGCAGUGGCCGUUUAACUGGAGAUCCAGAUGUCUUGGAAUAUUACAAAAAUGAUCAUGCCAAGAAGCCUAUCCGUAUUAUUGAUUUAAAUUUAUGUCAGCAAGUUGAUGCUGGAUUGACAUUUAACAAAAAAGAGUUUGAAAACAGCUACAUUUUUGAUAUCAACACCAUUGACCGGAUUUUCUACUUGGUAGCAGACAGUGAAGAGGAGAUGAAUAAGUGGGUUCGUUGUAUUUGUGACAUCUGUGGGUUUAAUCCUACAGAAGAAGAUCCUGUGAAGCCACCUGGCAGCUCCUUACAAGCACCGGCUGAUUUACCACUGGCGAUAAACACAGCACCACCAUCCACCCAGGUGGAUGCCUCCUCUGCCCCUCCACCUCCUCCAUAUCAGCUCAUUAGCCUUCCACCACACCUGGAAACCCUUGGCAUCCAGGAGGAUCCUCAAGACUACCUCUUGCUAAUCAACUGUCAGAGCAAGAAGCCCGAACCCACCAGAACGCAUGCUGAUUCUGCAAAAUCCACCCCUUCGGAGACAGACUGCAAUGAUAACGUCCCUUCUCAUAAAAAUCCUGCUUCCUCCCAGAGCAAACAUGGAGUGAAUGGCUUUUUCCAGCAGCAGAUGAUGUAUGACUCUCCACCGUCUCGGGCUGCAUCCAUUUCCGUAGACUCCAGCCUUUAUAACCUGCCCAGAAGUCACUCCCAUGACGUCUUGCCAAAGGUGUCUCCUUCAAGUACCGAAGCCGACGGAGAGCUCUAUGUUUUUAAUACCCCAUCCGGGACCUCGAGUGUAGAGCCUCAAAUGAGGCAUGUAUCUAUUAGUUAUGACAUUCCUCCAACACCUGGUAAUACUUAUCAGAUUCCACGAACAUUUCCAGAAGGAACCUUGGGGCAGACGUCAAAGCUAGACACUAUUCCAGAUAUUCCUCCACCUCGGCCACCGAAACCGCAUCCGGCUCAUGACCGAUCUCCUGUGGACACGUGUAGCAUCACACGCACAGCCUCUGACACUGACAGUAGUUACUGUAUCCCGACAGCAGGGGUGCCACCGUCCCGUAGUAAUACCAUUUCCACUGUGGAUUUGAACAAAUUGCGAAAAGAUGCUAGUUCUCAAGACUGCUAUGAUAUUCCACGAACAUUUCCAACUGAUAGAUCUAGUUCACUCGAAGGCUUCCACAACCACUUUAAAAUCAAAAAUGUAUUGACAGUGGGGAGUGUAUCAAGCGAAGAACUGGAUGAAAAUUAUGUCCCCAUGAAUCCCAACUCUCCUCCACGACAACAUUCCAGCAGUUUCACGGAACCAAUUCAGGAAGCAAAUUAUGUGCCAAUGACUCCCGGGACAUUUGAUUUUUCUUCAUUUGGAAUGCAAGUGCCUCCUCCCGCUCAUAUGGGCUUCAGGUCCAGCCCGAAGACCCCCCCUAGAAGGCCAGUUCCUGUUGCAGACUGUGAACCACCCCCCGUGGAUCGGAACCUCAAGCCAGACAGAAAAGGUCAAAGUCCUAAAAUUUUAAGACCCAAACCCCAUGGUUUAGAGCGAACUGAUUCACAAACCAUAGGUGACUUUGCUACAAGAAGAAAGGUCAAGCCAGCACCUUUAGAAAUAAAACCUUUGCCAGAAUGGGAAGAAUUACAAGCCCCAGUAAGAUCUCCCAUCACGAGGAGUUUUGCUCGAGACUCCUCCAGGUUUCCCAUGUCUCCCCGGCCGGAUUCAGUGCACAGCACGACUUCAAGCAGCGACUCACAUGACAGUGAAGAGAAUUAUGUUCCCAUGAACCCAAACCUGUCCAGUGAAGACUCAAAUCUUUUUGGCAGUAAUAGUCUUGAUGGAGGAAACAGCCCAAUGAUCAAGCCCAAAGGAGACAAACAAGUGGAAUACCUAGAUCUAGAUUUAGAUUCUGGGAAGUCCACGCCACCACGUAAGCAAAAGAGCAGUGGCUCAGGCAGCAGUGUAGCUGACGAGAGAGUGGACUAUGUCGUGGUUGACCAACAGAAGACCCUGGCUCUGAAGAGCACCCGUGAAGCCUGGACCGAUGGGAGACAGUCCACAGAGUCUGAAACACCAGCCAAGAAUGUGAAGUGAAAAUGCCGCUUUAAUGUCUCUGAACAAAAGAGGACUGAGCUGUAAGGAGAAAUCCUGUUUGACUGAAGAUAACUUGACCCUUGUACUCUAGGUAGAUCCUCAACUGAACAGAGUCGAAGUCAGAGGACCUUUCAGACUUAAUCAAGCCAUUGAGCGUGUAAAUGGUGCUUUGUGGUAUCUGAACAAUUCAUCACAUGUAAAUAAUGUGGGAAAAUACUGUUGUUUGGUUCCCAGAGAAACAUUUGUUUCGUAGUUAACACACUUGUAGUAUUACUGUAUUUAUGCACUUUUUCAUUUAAAACAGUGGUUUGGGUAUUCCCGAAUGGACCUUAACAUGAUUCUGUUGGGAGUUCUUGUUUUCCUCACACUACUCUUAAGAACAAUGCUACGUGAACUAAGCUACUUUCCACUGGGAAAUUGCUCUUUCAGCUGCAGGGUAACAACAUGACGUGAGAAGUAGAUUCACAAUAUACCUUUCUACCUGAAACUUCACGGGGUAACCGUUAGCUUAAACUACAAAGUAGAGUUGGACUCGUCAUUCAUUGCCUUCCAAAGUGCUAAGCAUCAUGUACCUACUGGUGUCAGGACUUUGUUCUCUGGUUCAUGGACAUUUGGUUUUCAGUGGUGGGACUUUCUUAUAUUUUGUUAAUUACAGUGUUUUGGGCUCAUUAAGUGAAGAUUCUGCCAGAUGGGAUCUUACACCUUGGAAAGAGUGAAUAAUCACACUAUCAAGUAAGCGUACAACUCACUGAUGGCAUGUGGUGACGAUGUGCUCUCACAUUUUCAACAUGUAUUAAACUUUACGUUAUUUGCAAAGUGUAGAUUAUAUAACUAAUCAGGUACGUACCAGGCACUGAUGUGCUAAUACAAUGAUCAGGUUUAGACAGUGAGCUUUAGUUGUAUUCGUGUUAGUCCUCUAAUGCUGGUUUCCAGUUUGGAAUUAAUGGCACAAUUGACAUUCACUGUUAGUUAUAGCAACAUACUGUGAUUUUUAAUUAGACAGUCAUUCAGAUUUAUUACUCUAAGAAUGAAAUUCUGUCUUUUGACACCAUAGUGCCCUUUCUAUGAUUUUUUUUUAAACUUUACUUAAUAUUCUUCUUGGCCUUAUCCUAUUUAAAUCCCUAUGCAAUUAAUAUUUUAUAUCUGCAUUUUUUAAAAAAAACAGAUGUUAUAUAAGUGAUUCUCAUAUGUAGCACCUAUUGCUUUUCCAGUAAAGGAAUUAAGGCUUGUGUACUGUGAUUUAUAUUCACUGCCCCAAUUCAAGAAAUAUUGGAGCCUUGCUAUAAUGUGAAAUCUUAAAGUCAUGGACCUCUUCCAACCAGAUUUCUGAAACCACCAGAGGUGUCGUAUAAUUCUUUCUCACCUAUAACAUGGUCCUAUAGCAAGACCACACAUUAUCUAUAGUAAGGCUACAAUUUAUCUGUCUUGGCUUUGCAAUGUAAUUUAGAAAGCAGGUAUAGUUAUUGGUUUGAUUGGUUUUUAACUAAGUUACAUACAAUCUCUUAUGUACUGAUUUGAGACUUACUAACAGUGUUUGGAGGGGGCAUAGAGAUUGAAGAGCCCACAGCUGAGGCAUGUUUCCCUCCAUGCAGACCUUUAAUGUUACCUGAGUACACAGAUGUGCCCUGAUUUCUGGCCCCUUGGUCACCGUACUGUGCCUAAUCAAUGUAAUGGGUUUAUGUCCCCUCCAUGAGCUAAAAACGUUCAUAACAAGAUGAAUUGUAGACAAGUAACAUUUGAUGCUUUUAAAUGUUUGCUUCUUUUUAAACAAAAACUAAAACCCAGAACUGAAUUUUGAGGUGGAUUUUUAAAUAAAAAAACAUUGUUUGA